AUGUCACCACAAAAGUUACUGCCCGACUCACAUCCGAGUUUGGGCGCCAGCAUGGAUGAUUUCGAAGCGCGCGAAUUCUCUCCCACUAUCCCAGACUUGCCGUCGCAACACUCGGGCUUUCGCAGCAAUCAUAAUUCCGAGUACAGCGAGUCGAGCUCACGUCGAUCAUACUCCCCUCCCGCCUGGCGCAAAGCUGGUAGCGGAUGGUUCAAACACCAACAGUCUGGAUCUCCGAGUCGCAUGGGAUUCAGCAGCACGAGUCCUGCGUGGAUGGGACCAGACGAUGAGGGCGAAGACGGCGACUUGACCGCAUAUAGAACUGCGCGGAGAAUACCAUUGCCGGAGUCGCCUGUGAAGGGUCGAACGCCUAGUAGCAGUCCGGAAAUCGUCAUGACCGCUCAGCCGGUUGCGCGAGAGUUGAACAUCCGCUUCUCGACCUCUUUAGAUGUCGUACAGCGGACUGAACCUAUCGAAGCAAUGGUCAAGACUGUCAGCAAGACCUGGACACAUAUAACUCGAAGCAGAUACAACACAUUCUUCUACGCAAUGUCGACGCUGUUAGCGUACUGGCUCGUGUCGAGUCUCUUGAGCACUCCGGCGAAUAGUCCAAGCCCCGAUCUCAUCAAAGUCGCAGCAGUGGCGAAGUCAUUCGAGCCGGUCAUAUAUUACUCCGAGAACGGCCAUGAUCAGAUCCAACAACUUCACGAGACGGGCCUGGCCGUGUGGGACCUCGGAGAAGGCAUGAGGAGCACCAACAUGACGUCUGCGCCGUUGAUCGUCAAUCAGCUCGAUGAGCUGUCCGACAGCUUGAAAGUGUUGUCUUUGGAAAUGACUCGGUUCUUCACAUCGGUGGAUUCAGACGUAGAUAACAUCAUCAAUGUCAUGGAGUGGAUCCAACUCGAGCUCGCGACGAUUUCCGAAAGCUCGCCGAGCACAAUCAGCUCGGUGUGGUCAAAUACGCACACCAUUCUGGUCGGCAUGGGCCUAUCAACCGAGAGCCGUGUGAUGCAGCAGAUCUUCGGGCAGACGUACCAACAGAAGACCAAAGCGCUACUGGACAGGACGUUUUACGAGUUCCUCAACGUGCUGGAAACAGCGAUCACGAAUGAAUUGACAUUCUCUCUGCAACUCUUCACGCUGUUUGAAACGAUUGACAAACAAUUUCUCAACCUGCAGCGAACGGUGAUUCGCGAACAAGACCAACAAGAAAGAUCAGAGUCGGAAUUUCUCGGUAGUCUUUGGACCAAAGUGAUAGGAGUCAACGCGGGACAAUUGCGCAAGUACGAGAAGAACAAGGAACUCCUCCACAGCGUGCGCGAGCGAACCGUUGGGAACAAGCGAGUGCUAACGGAGCAUAACCAACGCUUGUUGCAAUUGAAGUCGAACCUGGAAAUCCUCCGCCAGAAGCUGGUCAGCCCGCUAGUGCGAUCUACCAACUCCAGCACCAUCUCAGUCGCAACGCAGAUGAAGGGCCUCGAGGCCACCUACGCCGGACUGAAGCGCAGUCGGGACGAGCAAAAGGUUAAGGUCCGGGAGUUGGUGUAUGGGGCACGACCGAAGCACCACGACGCCGGAACAAAACCGGUCGGUAUCGAAGCCACUUGA